CCCAGCCUGGCCCGGCCCGGCAGGCCCUCUGUGCCCCUCACUGGCUGGGCAGUCCUGUUCUCCGGCCCGAGUUCUGAGAGGAGAUCCAGGUGCCGACUGAGAGGACCCAGAGCGGAUGUCAGCCCUUUGUCCCCGUGAGUGCGUGGGCCACACGCAGUCAUGGUGCGGAACGUGGAUGACCUGGACUUCCACCUGCCCUCGCAUGCCCAGGACAUGCUGGAUGGCCUGCAGCGGCUGCGCUCCCAGCCCAAGCUGGCUGAUGUCACGCUGCUGGUGGGUGGCCGGGAGCUACCUUGCCACCGGGGCCUCCUGGCACUGAGCAGCCCCUACUUCCAUGCCAUGUUUGCAGGCAACUUUGCCGAGAGCUUCUCGGCCCGCGUGGAGCUGCGGGACGUGGAGCCCGCCAUGGUGGGGCAGCUGGUGGACUUCGUGUACACCGGCCGGCUGACCAUCACCCAGGCCAACGUGGAGGCGCUGACCCGCACAGCCACGCGCCUGCACUUCCCCACCGUGCAGAAGGUCUGCGGCCGCUACCUGCAGCAGCAGCUGGACGCCACCAACUGCCUGGGCAUCUGUGAGUUUGGGGAGCAGCAGGGGCUGCUAGGCGUGGCUGCCAAGGCCUGGGCCUUCCUCGACCUGCUGCAGGUGCAGCCGGAGCAAAGUCGGUUGGAGGCCCUGCUGCGCUGGGUGCGCCACGACCCCCAGGCCCGGGCCGCCCGCCUGCCGGAGCUGCUCAGCCUAGUGCAGCUGGACGCCGUGCCCAGGCCCUGCGUGCAGCAGCUGCUGGCCACAGAGCCGCUGAUCCAGGAGUCAGAGGCCUGUCGGCAGGCCCUAUCCCAAGGCCACGAGGGGGCGCUGCUGGUCCUCCCGCAGAAGCUGGAGGAGGUUCUGGUAGUGGUGGGCGGGCGGGCGCUGGAGGAGGAGGAGGAGGGCGCCGAGGAGCUCAGCCCCCACCCCGGGAACUUCGCCUUCUACAACACCAGGGCCAAGAGGUGGAUGGCGCUCCCAGACUUCCCCGACCACCACAAGUGGGGCUUCUCCCUGGCGGCACUGAACAAUGACGUCUACGUUACAGGGGGCUCUCGGGGCACCAAGACGGACACGUGGUCCACAACGCAGGCCUGGUGCUUCCCGCUGAAGGAGGCGGCCUGGAGGCCCGUGGCACCCAUGCUGAAGGCCCGCACGAACCACGCCAGUGCAGCGCUUAACGGUGAGAUCUACGCCAUCGGCGGCACCACUCUGGACGUGGUGGAGGUGGAGAGCUAUGACCCCUACACAGACGCCUGGACGCCCGUCCGCCCGGCCCUCAAGUACGUCAGCAACUUCUCGGCGGCCGGCUGCCGAGGCAGGCUCUACCUGGUGGGCUCCAGCGCCUGCAAGUACAACGCGCUCGCCCUGCAGUGCUACAACCCUGUCACAGACGCGUGGAGCGUGAUCGCCUCACCCUUCCUCCCCAAGUACUUGUCCUCACCGCGCUGCGCUGCACUGCAGGGGGCGCUCUACCUGGUGGGGGACAACACCAAAAAGGUCUAUGUGUACGACCCCGGGGCCAACCUGUGGCAGAAGGUGCAGUCCCUGCACAGCCUGCACGAGAACGGAGCGCUGGUGCCGCUGGGCGACGCGCUGUACUUGACGGGUGGCCGCUGGCAGGGCAUGGACGGCGACUACCACGUGGAGAUGGAGGCCUAUGACCGCAGGCGCGACGCCUGGAUCCGCCACGGCGCCCUGCCCCGUCUCUGGCUUUACCACGGGGCCUCUGCCGUCUUCCUGGACGUGUCCAAGUGGACCCAGCCCUUCAGGUUGACUGAGGAUCACUGAGCCGCUCCUCAGCACAUCUGCAGGGGGCCCAGCUCAGCCCCCACCCUGACGGAUGACUCCCUUCCAUUUUGGUUUGUGACUCAGCGUCACCAUCCCUCCAGGGCUCGGGCUGGGCUCGGCCCCUAGGGAUGGACGUCAGAAGACACAGCCUUGGUCUCCGCAGCCAGCAGGCCAAACUCUGAGCUGACGGGCAGUGGGGGCUGGGCCUCUGAGUGCCUGAAGAGAGAGGAGAAGCAGCCCUCCUGCCGGGGGUGUCUGAGGCCUCGGAGGAAGGAGCCCAGGGCCCAGGAAGCGCCGUGAGAACUCUCCUGCUCUCUGAAUACUGGCUGAGGCUCCUGGCUGUGCGUCCCACUUGUGGCUUUUGGAGGAGCAGCACAGAUGAGGGUGAUACAGAGUGGCCCAGGGAACUGAGAGCGGGGGCAGCACCUGGCCCUGGGGGCCUGCUUCUGCCCAGUCCACAGUCACUCGGUCACGGCUGGCAUCCGGCCGUCCCUGGGGCUCAGGCACACAGGGCUGGCGCCUGUGGGCUGUCUGCGCUCCCUGCCCCUGGGCCCUGCACACUGUUUCCAAAGGCUGCUUCUGGGGGCAAAGGGGGCGCAGUUCUUUCUGUGUCAGCCCCCCAGAGGGCAGCUGAAGGAAGGAGGUGGGGUGUGGGGGCCGAGAGAGGGUCCUUCUGCCUGCUUGGGGGCUGCGGGGAGAGAAGGCAGCAAGACUCCCAGGGAGGUGGCCAGGAAGAGCCAGGAUGUCCCCUGUUCCUCGGGGUUGUUUGCGUCAAAACAAAAGCUCUUCAUCAGAAAGAAGGUCCCCAGAGGGGGGCUCACGGUGUGUGUGGGGGUGGUCCUGCCUGGAUUUCUGGGGACAGCUCUUGAGUGAGUUGGUGUCUUGCUCCCAGGUGGCCUCCUGAGUGGGGAGGAGCCAGUCUGGAGUGACAGGUGGCUCAGGCCUGCCCAGAACCCCCAACUUGGACUUGGGGCCCCUCAUGGAGCUCGCUCAGCCUCCCUGCUCCUCGCCCCAACUGAACAGUACACCGAGUCUGUAAUCAGGGGACAGCGAAGGACUCACACUGGUGCUCAGUGGCCCUCUGCCUUUGAAAGGCUCCAACAGGGACACAGGGAAUUGCGGAUUCUGGGAUCAGCCUGACUCCAGCCCUGGCACUGACCGGCUGAGGCCUUGGGGAGCUCUUGUCUCCCUCUGGACCUAGGUUUCCUCUCCAGGGGCAGUGCCCAGCUGCUCCUUGAACCCACCGGGAACCAGAGGGGCCUCUGACAUCCCUGGGUCUGAGGAAGGAAUCCCCGGGUCCCUCCAGCUUCCAUAGACCCAGAUCCACUUUGCUCCCAGACCUGACUCCUUAGGGCCGUUUCUUGUGGAAGAAUUGAGUUGGCCCCCAGGGCCCAGACAGAGCAGGGCCUCCUGAGUGUCUGCUCCCAGACGAACAUGAGCCCCAGACUGGAGGACACCUUGGCGGCUGGUGGAGUGGGGGAAAAUUAGGAUGAAGGUUUCUCGGGUCCUUGAAUCUUUCUGAAAGAAAACCUUCUGAAAUGUUUUCUAGACGGUUAUUGACAGUGCUCAGACAGGUGUUCCUUCAAAACAAAGACUCGGCAUGUCAAGAUGGACCUGUUUUGAUCACAAAUGGGUAGUUGAAAGGGAGGUGUUCUAGGAUAAGGCCUGCUUUCUGCUCCUGCCCAUACGCAUGGCGAUGGUAGGGCAGUCGCUGUGGUGGGGGAGCAUAGAAAAUCCAGGGCCUUGUCCUCAACUUCGGGGUGCCAGACUGCACUCCAUCUGAUCAGCUGAGCUGCCUUUAUUCAGGGUGCCUGUUGGACCCCUCAAAUGGACUGAUGGGGGAGAGUUUAAUGAGGGGCUAUUUCCAAGAGCUCGAGAGGCCCCUAGGGCUGGUGGGGCGCUGUCACCACCCCACUGACUCCAAAAAGAGAGCUGGAGGGAGAGGCUGCCAGGAAGCUGGGGCCUUUGCUAAAGGAACACAGCCACUGCCACUAUCCCAGUGGGGAGGAAGUGGUGGGACAGAUACCCCAACCUCGCUCUUUCCUGCCCCUUAGUUCCCCCUGGUGCCUCCCACUGGCCAAAACCAACCAGACUCAGGGGGGAGACAGGCCACUGACACAGUCCACACCAGCUGGGCCACAGGGGCAGGAGCAGGUGGAGAAGGGUGGACAGGGCACCAGGAUGGGCAAACAGGAGAUCUCUAGUAUGCAAAUCAAACACUCAAGGGAUUCUCAUGUAAAGUGGAGACUAUGUACCGGUGCAACACAGACGGUCACAGAGAACCCAGGCUUCCUCAUCCCUUUUCAAAGUCCCCAGAGAAACAAGGCUCAUCCGAAGGUUUGGGGCCUGUGCAGAAUCCAGAAAUGAGGAUGGAUAACCUUGGAACAUGUGCAGAAGCCCAGCAAACUCUCAGGCCCACGGAGGGUGAAACCACCUUCCCAGCCCCAGAGCACUCCUGUGUGCCCAGUGGGCGCAUGUUGUCUUCUUUUCAAUGUUGGGUAAACUGAGACACUCCCAGCAGACCCCGCCUUCAGUGACCACAGUACCCUCAGCAGCCAGGCCCAGCACAGCCAGCCAGGGUGCAGCUCCCUUUGGUCCCCAGGUGAGCCAGGUUCUGGGGAAGCUUCAAGCCAAUUUCAUUGGGCUUGGAUUUUCCAGUACCUCCUAGACAAGACCCUUUCACUAUUGAGCACCUUCCCGGUGCCAGGCAGGGGCGGUGAUUGAUGGAAUCAGGCAGUUGACACCCUCAAGUAAAUGUUUGUAAUUAAAUGGACUGAUCAAAUGACA